AUGUCUUAUGAUCGGUAUUUAGCAAUAUGCAGACCACUGUAUUAUGCAGCCCUCAUGAAUCGCCAGUUCUGCCUCCAGCUAGUGGCUGCAUCUUGGAUAAGUGGCUUGCUAGGUAAUUCCAUUAUAUUAUAUGUGUUGUCACGGUUAGUUUUCUGUGGUCCCAACAAGAUUGACCAUUUCUUUUGUGAUCUAAUUCCAGUUAUUAAACUCUCCUGCAGUGACACUCACCUCAUGGAACUUAUGGUUUUCCUACUCUCUUCCAUAUUCUCUCUGCCACCAUUACUACUCACCUUGUCAUCUUACUUAUGUAUCCUUUCCACCAUCCUGCGAAUCCCGUCCACCACUGGGAGGCUGAAGGCCUUUUCCACUUGCUCCUCUCACCUCACUGUGGUCACAUUGUUCUACGGAACCAUAAUCAUUGUUUAUCUGUUACCAAAAAACAAUGCACUGAGAGACCUGAACAAAGUGUUUUCUCUUUUCUACACUGUCUUGACCCCCAUGGCCAAUCCUUUCAUAUAUACCCUGAGAAAUAAAGAAGUUAAUAAUGCACUCAGUAAAGGUGUCAGAAAAAUUAGGGCUUUCAUGAGAGAAAACAUAGGCACAUAA